CGUAGUAACUUCAUGUCUGACAGUGGCUUUGAGAGUGCGGUGAUGGAAGUGUUGCUGCUUCACUUACUAGUACGUUAAUUUUUGACAGCCAUGGCUUUCGGUGGGAUUCUUCCCCCGACAACGAAACACAGAAAUGCUUCUUGGUCACUUAGAAGAGCUAUUAGAUCAAAAGAAAAAACUCUUCUCUGUGUAGCUGCUUUUGUAAUAUUAUUAGUGUGCAUAGGACCAAUAUUUUUCCUGCCAGAUUUGAGAGGAGGAUUGAACAAUCGCGUUGAUAAUGUAUUCAAAGUUUAUAAACAAAUGCAAAAAGUAGGCCCGGAAUUGAUAUUACCUCCCCCGCCGUUGUUAGAAGAUAAUAGUGGUAAUGUAUUACAACCGCCAAGAGUUUUUCAUCGAGGCAUUGAUGACCUACAUCAAGAUGAUCGUGAAAGACUUCGCGAGAAAAUGGAGCAAGAUAACGAAUUCAGAAACAUAAUCGAAAAGCCACAUGUUGUUAAAGGGCCUUCUUCAACGCUUAGUAAUAAAGUGGUGAAUGUAGGUCAGAUUGAUGAGAGCAUCAGACUAGUGCAAAAUGCUGCCUCAGGAGCUACACCCGUUGUGCAGGGAGGUGAAGACAACGAUCCUGUUGCACGUGAAAGGAGGGAAAAAGUUAAAGAGAUGACCUUACAUGCAUGGAGGGGCUACAAGAACUACGCGUGGGGCAAGAACGAGCUACGUCCCAUCAGCAAACGCGGCCACUCGUCCGGCAUCUUCGGGCGCCAGGACAUGGGCGCCACAAUCAUCGAUGCCCUCGACACGCUCUUCAUCAUGGGUCUCACUCAGGAGUACCAAGAGGCUCGGGCCUGGGUCAGCGAACAGUUCGACUUCAACAAAAUCUCGACUGAGAUGUCUGUGUUCGAGACGAACAUCAGGUUCGUAGGAGGUUUGUUGUCAAGCUACGCUCUCACCGGCGACCCUAUGUUCCGGGACCGCGCUCUGCACGUCGCUCGCAAGCUCCUGCCCGCCUUCAGUACACCUACCGGCAUUCCGUACGCGCUCAUCAACGUCGCUACUGGGGUCGCUAAGAACUAUGCGUGGGCGAGCGGCGGCUCAAGUAUCUUGUCGGAAUUUGGCACCUUGCACCUGGAGUUCAGUUACCUCAGUGACAUCACGGGGGAUCCUGUCUUCAAGGAGAAGGUCCUGCACGUCCGAGAUUUCCUUCAAAAGAUUGAAAAACCUGGCGGACUAUAUCCUAAUUACCUCAACCCAAAGACUGGGAAAUGGGGGCAAAGCCAUUCGUCCAUGGGUGCGCUGGGAGACUCGUUCUUUGAGUACCUCCUGAAGGAGUGGGUGCAGUCGGGCUUCACUGACGGCACAGCCAGGGACAUGUAUCUCGACGCCAUGCACGGCGUCACCUCAAAGAUGCUCCAGAAGAGCAAAGGCGGUUUGACGUACCUAGCGGAGAGCAAGUUUGACCGGCUGGAGCACAAGAUGGACCACUUGGCGUGCUUCACGGCAGGCAUGUUCGCUCUGGGCAGCCAGACCAUCCCCGCUGCUGGGGCUGAGCACAUGAACAUCGCUAAGGAGCUCGGCCACACAUGUCACGAGAGCUACGCCAGGACAUACACUGGACUAGGACCUGAAAGCUUCAGAUUUUCUGACGGAAUGGAGGCGAAGGCACUGAAAUCAUCAGAGAAGUACUACAUCUUGCGACCAGAGGUUCUCGAGGGCUGGUUCUACCUCUGGCGGUACACUAAGGACCAGAAGUAUCGAGACUGGGCCUGGGACAUGGUGCAGUCUCUGGAGAAGCACUGCCGAGUGGAGGGCGGCUACUCGGGCAUUCAGAACGUUUACCUCGAGAACAGCCACAAGGAUGACGUGCAACAAAGCUUCCUCUUCGCUGAGACUCUCAAGUACCUGUACCUGAUCUUCUCGGACGACUCCUUGAUAAGCCUCGACGAGUGGGUAUUCAACACCGAGGCUCACCCCAUCCCCAUCCUGAACAAAAACUCCUUCUACAGAGCGGCAUCUGCUCCAGAACUCCCUGCAAACUGACGACAGCCUUGUGUUGAGAACACGACAGACCCAUCCACCUCGACCGUCAUGUCUCUGACGACCGUUCGUUCUGGAAAACGCUGAUUUGACUUUGAAAAAAUCUUCGAUGUCACAGUCAUAGGUUAAGUAGACAUGAAUUUAUAAACACCAGCUUUAUUAUGCGUUCGAUUGCGCUCGCCGAUGUUGAAAAUAAGUAUAUGAUGGCAUUUUUACUUGCUGGAGAUGAGGGAUAUUUUAGUCCUUUAUCAUUGCUCGGAUGGUUGGGGUAGCGCUCCAAUUGCUCGGAUGAAGUUUUCAUGCGUCGCUAAACGUUAAUUAAAUAAUACUGGACGGUGUGUCUGGCUCACUAUUUAUUCAAGACAUUUCACUCCGAUGGGUAUGCUCUACAUUUUAGUUCAUCCUAGACACUUAAUGAUGAAUGGACGAAUUCUUUAUUUGAUUACAUUUCCGAACAUGCGUCCUAGUGCCGAGCUCCCAAAUGCUCGUUCGUAAAUUGCGAUGUUUCAUGACUGUUAAAUUGAUUUCAUUUCUCAAUGAUGGAAGUCCGUAUCAUAAUGUGCUGCUUGAAUUAUACUUUUCGUAUGCUCAUUAUCAAUUGACAAUUGAAUAGAACCCGCAUCGUGAACAUUCAAUGCAGGAACGAACAUCACGCUUGAGUUACAUUGAUCAUGACAAAGUGAGCAUUUUACUCACUGGUUAUUGUAGACAUUUGUCCGCAUUUUAGCGGACCACUUGCAAUUCUAAGAAAUUCAUGGAGUUGACAUGCAGCCUUAUAUAUGUGUUGAAAUGUGUUUGUUACUGUCCAGUUAUGCCGCACUAUGCUUGAUUGCCGCCUCUGCGGCUGUGAUCAGCAGAUGGGAUGCAACAAUUGAACUCUGAAUUGGAAAAUUGCUCAGCAAGUCAAUUUUUUCCCGGAGUAGCUCCACAGGAGCACGUGGCUUAAGUAUGGUUUAUUCAGUGUUCAGUUCCAAUUCAUUUUCAUAUUGAAUCAUUAUUUUGUCUUUUGAGUGUGUGGUUAAUAUCUCGUUAUAUUGAACAACUUGGUGCUUUUCAAUCAGUCUUCUGACAAAAUUAGUUUUGCUUUGCUCGCUCUAAUCGUGACUUUCGGCAUGCGCAUUGAAGGAUGUACUCCGCUUUUAUCGAGCAUCGCUGUAAUGGAAUUUUUUAAUAUGGCUUAGCUUCAUUUCCGACCCCAAGACUGUGGAAACCUUAUACAGAACAGCUACUGAAUUUAUUGCCGUCAUUUUUUUUUCUAACCGGAGCUAUGAAAUGUUAUAGAAUAGUUCAUUUGGUCAGUCAGUGAAAGAAGUAACUUGUAAUUUAUUAAAGAAUUAAUAUAAUAUUUAUUUUUAAUUGUAUUGAAAUAAUAAUCACAUUCCUGCUCAAUGGCAUCCUAAUCGGUCGUAAAAAUAUGGUGACCGCACAACGUG